AUACCGACCGUACGUGCCACAACUAUGCACCCACGUACGUGAAGCAACAAAAAAAAACUCCGACUCGAUCAAUGGCGGCAGCGAUCCAGCACGCGGCCGGCGGCGCGGUCCUCGGUGCCGCGUCAUCUCCAGCGGCGGCGGAUUUCACCUGGCGGGCGAUGGCAGCCGCGGCACCUCGCCUCCUUCGCCUGAUGCAGCAGCGCCAUGCCUCGUCUGCACCGCGAGCGCUCCACACCCUCCUGCACCGGCCAUCGCUACGUUCAUCUGCAAGUGCCUCCACCGGAUCGUCCCGGCGGCUGUUCCACCGGCCUGCGGGCGCCAUCGCCGGCGCCAACAGGCAGAUGCCGGCCAUGAUGGGCGCGUCACGCAGCUUCUCGUCCCACGACAAUUUCAACAACCAGCUUCAGGAGGAGGAUCCGGCGAGGACGAAGAGGAAGAAGGAACUAGCGAUGGCCCUUAUGAACGACCUCCCUACGGCCCCCAAGGGCGCCGCCGACCACGGCGAGGAGAUCAAGGGCAUCAACUACCUCUUCGGCCUCCUCGACGUGCCCGACGCCACCCCCAGCAGCGCCGUCAGCGACGCCGAGCAGGCCGCGCGGCUGCACGCGGAGCUCCGGAGCGCGGUGGAGAAGAGCAAGAACUCGUUUCUGAUCGAGAUGCUCAAGGACGGUGACGCCCGGGUGGAGCGGAAGGCCGAGCUCGUGGAUGCCGGCCGCCGGUACCGCGAUGCGCUCGUCGGGCACGACGAGCGCCGAGCCUUCCAGAACCUCCACACGGAGCUGAAGAGCUUGCACGAGAGGGUGACGUCGGCGGAGAAGAACUGCAAGGUGCUGAAGGAGGCGGUCGAUGUCGGCAGGAUGGAGUUGCAGUCUGCCAGUGCCAACGCCAAGUCCAUACAGGCGGACGUGAGACGGCUCGGAAUUGAAGUGAAAACCGACAUCAGGGAACAGCUCCAGGCAGAGGCCGAAGCCCAAGCCGAGGAGACGAUUAAGAGGGUGGCGGUGGUCAGGAAGGAGGCGGAGGCGGCGUACAACCUGGCGCUUUUCGUCGGCUGGACCACCGCCGCCGCCGGUGUAUUAGCAGCGCUGCACAUCUUCUGAUGCAUACUUCCGUCGAUUAUGCACUUUUACUACGGUGCCAGUUCAUACUAUUUGAUUUCUCGGUUUUGUGUCCCGAGGAUUACGGGGAACUAUAUUAAUUGAUUGCUCCGAUGACAGACAUAUUUUGGGGUGGCUAGUGGCAUACAUAUAUUUGCAUAGAAGAAAGUCUAUUGUCCUUAAA